AUCGAAGCAUCAUGAAGCUCCUGCUUGCCCUUGCUCCCUUGGUGUGCGCGGUCCAAUUCUCGACCUUGAGGUAUGGUCUGAACAAGACGGGAAUGAAGAUUUCGAAUCCAUUGAUGGAGACUCAAUUGGAAUCAAGCGCCAUUUGUGGCAUUCGAUGUGAACAGAAAUCCGGCUGCUACACCUUCUCCGUGACGAAGAACUCUGGAGAUGUCAACUGUCGGCUGGGCGGAUGGAAGCCGAUGCUCGCACCCGAUCCCAACAGUGAAUAUUUUGUUUCUCCAGCCAUUCCUACAGCUCAUACUCUGUACAAGACGGGAAUGAAGAUUUCGAAUCCAUUGAUGGAGACUCAAUUGGUGACAAGCACCAUGUGUGGCUAUCAGUGUUUACAGGAAUCCGGCUGCUACACCUUCUCCGAGACGAAGAACUCUGGAGGUGUCAACUGUCGGCUGGGCGGAUGGAAGCCGGUGCUCGUACCCGAUCCCAACAGUGAAUAUUUUGUUUCAGCCAUUCCUACAGAAUAUAAACGCGUGGGUACCACAACAAGAUACGUGAAAAUGGAGUACGAGCCAUGGAUCAAAGCAACGAAUCCGUCAUACGUGAAUAAGAAUUGGAACCAAUCCCUGGCUGCCUGUCAGGUUGAUGGAGGGUGGCUGGUCGUCGACAACGACAGUACGAUCCACAACUAUCUCUACAACAUCCUCAUGGCGAAUGGAAUCUAUCCCGGCUACAAAUGCUUGUGGAUUGGAGGAUACAGGACGAAGAUUACCCUAACAGGAUUGGGCCAAUAUAAUUUUGGCAAUGGCCAUCCCGAUGGUGGUGGAGGGUGCCUGCAUUUCUACGCCCAAUAUGGAUCCGAUUGCUGUGGCCUUUGGUCAGAUUGGGGUUGCGCUGGGACCUGGGAUGGAUAUUUCUGUGAGAUCCAACUCCCUUGAUUCUCGUCACCUUGUGGUUUCACAUAUACUUGCAGAUAGCUGGAUAUACCCAGUGUUGGCGAAGCGUGGAAAGGGAAGAAAGUAUUUUCACACGUAUUGAUCAAGCGCAUUCUCACCGUUCAAAUGAAUAUAUUAUCAAGCGAAUGUGUCAGCACCAUUUCAUUACUAACUCAUGAUUGUCUCUUCUCAUUGGUUGCUAGAACAUCGAGAGUGUUUCCUUCCAGGUGUGGUGUUGCAGAAUAUGUUCAUCUUAAUAUGCAAAAGAAAUUGUAUUAUUUUGCAGCCGACCAGUCCCAUCAUGCUCGAGUGAAAUGACCAUGAAUAACUUUUGGGUUUACUCGACCCAGGGGAGAAGGGACUGAGGAUUACCCGUUAUAGACUUUAAAUGACGAGUUUUCAAAGAUUGAUUGCACCAACUUGUGACGAAUGAUGCACUAUUUUCACUGAAAUAAUGGUGUUCACACUUAGUCUUGCAUUGAUUUUUUCCCUAUUAACUGCAGUCCUUCCACCAUGUUUUCUUAUUCCCUACUAAAAUAUAAUGUAUAUAUUUUUUGUCACC